CUCGAACGCGGUUUCCUAUAAAUACCGUCAGCGGCGCGCCAACUUCAAUCAGUUUGAAUCAGAGUUUCAAAGCGAAAACAACUGCGACUAAAAAAAGUAAAAAAAACCCUGCGAAGAUGUCUCUACUACUCUUCAGCGACCCCUUCGAAUACUCUCGCCCAUCGAGAAUCCUCGACCAGCACUUCGGCUUGGGACUCGACCCCGAGGACCUCCUCUCGCCACUCGUCCCCAGGGAGAUGCGCCACUUGAUGCGAUGUCCUGCCGGUUAUCUGCGUCCUUGGAGGAGCGCAGCCUCGCACCGUGACACCGGCUCCACCGUCACCUUCGACAAAGACAAGUUCCAGGCCAACCUGGACGUGCAGCAGUUCAAACCGGAGGAAAUCAGCGUGAAAGUCUCGGAUAACACCAUCACCAUCGAGGGCAAACACGAGGAGAAGGAGGAUGAACAUGGGUUCAUCUCGAGACACUUUGUGAGGAGAUACGUUUUGCCCAAGGACUGUGAUGUGAGCAAAAUCGAGUCCAAGUUGUCUUCAGACGGGGUUUUGAGCAUCACAGCCCCCAAGAUUUGCGCCUCGAAGGAGACCGAGAGGAGCAUUCCGGUGGUGCAAACGGGACAGCCCUCCAAAGCCGUAGAGAAUAAGGAGGAAAAGAAGAAGGAGAAAUAAAUGAUCAAGACUGUGUUUAAAAUUAUUCCUUGCACUUAUAGUAUUAGUUUUGCAGACUGAAUAUGUAAUAAUUGUUUUGUAUUUUCAUUUACUUAAAAUAAACUUUUCGUUCGUUUAAA